CACUCUUUAUAGUCUUAUACAUUUUAGGAGCCAUGUUUAGAGCUAUGAGCACCAAGAAAAACCGCGGGGGAUACUCGCCGUUGGUUAAUGGCAAAGUCCCCGUGGACGAUAUAACGUUAGGAGACCCUAAGAUGAACCGAUGCAAUACGUUGCCUUCGAACGUGUUUGGUGAAUCGGUUGUCCCAUUUGGUUUUGCACCAAGUACUCCGGUUAGAGUAAUACACGCGGUAGAAAAGGAAGUGAAGAAAGCAAGCAAGAUGCAUCCGAUAUUUGCUAUAUUCGAGAGAAGAAGUCGUAAGAAGAAGGCAACGGCUAAGCCCGAAUUUGCAAGGUAUAUGCAAUACCUUAAGGAAGGAGGUAGUUGGAAUGCUAAUUCAUCUAGGCCGGUUAUCUAUUGAUUAUUUUAAGGCGGGCUUGUUUAAUUGAUCGAGUUAAUUAAUUAGUAGUUGCCUUGUAAAUUAUAUGUUGUAUGAUAUGCAAAGAGGCGUAGCUAGUAAAGGGAUCACUUGAGAAUGCUUGAUCCCUAUGAACUAGUACAACUUUUUUAUAAAACUUUUAUUUCAGGGCGUUGAUUUCUCGAA